AUGGCACCAAAUUCCAAGCGCCGUGUCCCCACUAGAAACAAGGCUGCCAAACUUUGUCAACACACAGACCUGACCUGCACUCCAUCACCCCAUGCUCUGAACUCAGGCUAUCACCAUUACACACAGACACAGAUUCACAAUGCAGCAACUGGAAACAAGAAACUGCGAGUAUCAGAUGGUGUGCAAGCCUUCCUUGAGGCCUUUCCAUCUCCCCUCGGUCUUCCUCGUGAUGAUGUCACCCUUGACCCAAAAUACCCUGCACAAAGCAAGAACGCAUGGAUGAGCCUUCCCGAAAGAAAUGCCGUGACAAUGAGAAGGAGCGUGAUCUACGUGGCUGCGCCUCCUUUGAUUGACGACAGCAUCAGAAUGAUGAGAGAAUGGUCCCGCCCGGUCGUCCAGGGAAAAGCACUUCCGAAAUCUCAAAGCCAAGACUCAUUCGAUGUGAACGCUGUGGUCGACUAUCUGAAGGCAUUCUACCACGGAUUGGAGGUAAGGCUCCUCCAUGCAGCUUUGUCCUUCUUGGCCUGGAACGAUGAACCAACACCAAAGCCUGGUAAAUCGGUCCGAUCUACCUCGCAUCGAAAUGGCAAAGUCGAGUGUGUCGGUCUCUCCACCGGGAAAGAAUUGAUCCGGAUCCGUGUACGUGAGGCACCAAUACAGAAUGUGUCUUCGUCGGCCAACCACUUUCCGUACCGAUAUCAACUGGAUCUAAACGACCUGACCGACGCCGCCUUGUCACUGUUACCGGCAGAUGCCUAUUCACUACUUUUGACGGCUGAACAGGAUCUCUACGAGUCAGUCGAAGAUGAUUUCUGCUGUGGUCGAGCGUGGGGUGCGAGUAGAGUGGCGAUUGUGAGCAGCGCAAGGUACAUCCCUUCUUUGGAUCCUCUUCAUGGCGUUGACACAGAACAUGUAUGGCCAGCAAGCCAUUGUCUUGAUUUUGUUGAGAGCAUGAGCCUCGAUCAAUCCGACGGGUCUGUUCCAGGAGCCAGGGGUGAGGGCAGAACCAUGAAAAGAUGCAAGACUUUACCUAUCACCGACGAAUCAGUCACGACGCCCACUCCAUUAAAGCGCGCCGUCACAGCUCAUCAAUCCACAAGACGUCCGACCGCUGCUGACCUCCAAUCUAUGUUGCUACUGAGAAUAUGCCGGACCGCAUCUCACGAACUUGGCCACUGCUUCGGUCUGGAUCAUUGCAUGUACAGGGCAUGCGUCAUGCAAGCAACCUCUUCCGUGGCAGAAGACAUGCGUCAACCACCGUAUCUGUGUCCUGUGUGUGACGCCAAGCUCGCGUGGGCCAUACUAAACAAAGCUUCCCAAACCCAAAGUGGCACAAAGCCGAUGGCCAAAGGCCGAGCAAAGAGAAAACUCGACGACAUAGAAAUAGAGGGGGAGGAGGGAAGGAAAUGGAGAAAGGAAAGACUCGUCGCCACGAAAGAGUUCUGUCAGGGGCAAGGCUCUGGGUUUGCGGGGCUGGUCGCUUUCUCUACCGGCGUAUUGGAAUUUCUGGAGCGACUUGAUAAGGCAAACAUGGACGCCUCUAGACGAUACCACAUCGGAUUUAGUGACGGAUCAAAACGUGAUGAAUCCCUUUCCUUCGAUUAA